AUGCGCAUCCAACUUUUCAUAUUAUCUUUUGCAGUGAUUGAUUGCGUUAUCGCCAACAAUCUGGUGAAACUCGAACCUCUCCGCAUCAAACCAAUUGCCGCUCGCCAAAAUGAAGGCGGUUCUUUCACCCCCGGGACAUCACCGGGGGCUGGCUCAAACUGCGCAGACGCCUUCGGGGCGGGAUAUGCUGAAUGUGCCCCCAGCGGUGAGCUGUCAAUUCAGGAAUGCGCCGCGAAGCUGAGCGUAACCCUGAGUUUCACUAGCGACUUAGAAACCUCGAAGCAACCAUCAGCUACAAUCGAAUCACCAUCGCCGACGGAUUCUCGUCUCGCCACACCUCCUGCCGUGACCUCCACGGUCUGCACAAAUGCUUCCCUGGACCCUCCUUACCCAACUGGUAGCCCCAACAACACGCUUCCCAGCACCGUGGGGCCAGGUUCGCCAGCCGAUUUGCCGGAGUUCACGGGUGCUGCGAGCUCGCAGAAUAUUCUUCAAGGGGGAGUGGCUAUUGUUGCUUUGCUUGGGUUCCUCGAGAAUGUCUUGUAA